UGCUUCACCCCACCUGCGGAGCCCCGCUGUCUUUUGUCCACCCACCGCGCUGGCUUGACUUUCUCCGGCCACGAUGGCCAAUCACAGCCCUCGGCGGCAACCCUCAUUCGGGCCGCCAAUCAGAAGCGUGAUUUGUCAAGCAUCUUCUACAACUUCGGAACCAUUCAAUGCAGAACCAUUAUCUGCUGCACAAUCACCUGCUACAACAUCAGUAACGGCAAUAGAAGAGAAAACGGCACCAUCAUCAGGAUGCUUAACAUUAACUGCGGCAUCAUCGGCAUUUACGUCUUCAGCAUCAAUGGACGCAUCAUUCAAAACAUCAACGGGGGCCUUGCAUUCAUCAACUACGUCAACAUCAACAUUAUCAGCCCCGGCAUCAACAGUGCAAUCAUGCCAAGAAUUAACAUCAACAUCAACAAGAACACCAGCAACGUUUCAGGCUCCCUCACUGCCAGGGACUCAGGACGCCCUAGGGGCCUCAUGCCCAGCAGGGGCCCAAGACGCCCCCGGGACCACGUCCCCAGCAGGAGCUCAGGACGCCCUCAGGACCUUGUCCCCAGCAGGGGCUCAGGACGCCCUCAGUACCACGUCCUCAGCAGGGGCUCAAGACGCCCUCAGGAUCACGUCCCCAACAGGGGCCCAGGACGCCCCCGGGACCAUGUCCCCAGCAGGAGCACAAGACGCUCUCAGGACCACGUCCUCAGCAGGGGCUCAGGACGCCCCCGGGACCACGUCCUCAGUAGGAGCACAAGACGUCCUCAAGACCACGUCCCCAGCAGGAGCUCAGGACGCCCCCGGGACCACGUCCCCAGCAGGAGCUCAGGACGCCCCCGGGACCACGUCCUCAGCAGGAGCUCAGGACGCCCUCAGGACCACGUCCUCAGUAGGAGCACAAGACGCCCUCAAGACCACGUCCCCAGCAGGUGACCUCGCCGUGUUCCAGCGUCGCCUGCGGGAGCUCACGCAGCUCGCUGAGCUCCUCUUCCACCACGCCAGGAGGAUACCGCGUCAUGGCUGUUCACCGCGCGUGCGCAGCUGGGCAUCGCUCCAGGAUUUGGGUUCGUCCAGCAAAACUCAUCGGGAAUUUCCCUUCGCUGAAAAUGCAGGAUAUUAUUUAAGUCUUCCUCAACGCGAUGAGGGAAAUUGGGAUGAAAAUCUUUGUGAAGGAAAUUUCUGGGAUGAACUUCCAUCCAGAGACAACAAUGAAAAUGACGCCUGCGUUGGAAAGGAACUUUUUGAUGGCUUUGACAUCAGCGAAGAUUUUUGGGCAGAUGUCGUUGCCAGCAAUCAUUUAAAAAUAAACUACGAAAUAAAUGAUCCGCCUGUUGGAGUUUCAUGCAGUGAAUGUAUGGCUUUGGACAUAUACCACAAAAACUCUGCUAGAAACACACAUUUAAUGCCUGCAAUAGAGAAGAAUCUUAAUUUAGAUACGGAAAAGGAUGAUAUUUCAUUCAUCAGUGAAUUUAUCAGCCCAGUAAACAAUUCAAUGGAAAAUAUUUCGAUGACACGAAGCCGUUAUAGUGAUGGUACAAGGGCACAUAAAUGCAUUUCGAAUUCUUCACAAAUUCAUACGAAAUCAAGGCAGAGAAGAGCUGAGCAGAACAAGACUUCGGUUCUUGUUACAGAACUGAAGGAAAUUCAGGAGUUGGUCGAAAACCAAGCUUCGUUGGUGACAUCCAUCCAGGAGCUCGUCAUGCCUCACUAACUCAGCAGUAAAAUUUAAAUCAAAUGUAAUAAUAACUCCUAUGAUAAUUGCAAUGUUGACCCAGAAAUUCACUGUACGUUUCGAAACAUACCUGCUAGCUUGAGAAAAUAAUUUAUGGAAACUUAUCAAUAGCAACGUUAUUUUAGAACUAACACGUGAAAGCAAAUUGUACAGAGGAUGGAAAUCCAAGUAACAAAUUAUCCGAUUUAAUCACCCCACCGACUGGGGAGGGUGGGGGCAAGUGGCCCGACGAGCGGACCACAGACGCGCUUCCCCACCGACUGGGGAGGCUGGGGCAAGUGGCCCGGCGAGCGGACCACAGACGCGCUGCCCCACCGACUGGGGAGGCUGGGAAAGAUGGCCCGGCGAGCGGACCACAGGCGCGCUGCCCCACCGACUGGGGAGGCUGGGGAAGAUGGCUCGCUUGUCUGUCAUGGACAAGAAGCGCAUAAUACGCAAAAAUUCAUAUUUUUUCUCUAGAAAGGGAACUUUAUUAUUAAAAAUGCUAUUCAUCAUCGUAAUUAGCUAAUAAUAAAUACAGGCAAAUAUAAUUUCACGCAUUCUGCAUGAGAUCAUUAUGUUACAUUAUGUUGCGUUGUAUAUAUGAAUAUAAAGAUACCAGCUGUUUUUAUGAACUGUUAUUUACCUUGUGAUACAAAAAAUGUAAAAAUUACAAGCUAUGUGUCGAAUUGGAAUAAAUAAUCACUAUACACUAAAAUUUGGAUAAUAAUUUUGCGAUAUUUUUUUUGCAAAUUUCCCGAAAAAAUGUGAAAAUUGAAACUUUGACGUAAGGAUGAACAGGCCACCAUGAGUGUUGCUACACCGAAAGCCUGACACGUACUUACCAGCCUAUGUAAAAGUUCAUGGACAAUACGUCGCUUCUGUGGCGAUCUGCAGGCAAUUUUUUCAGUCGCUGUUCACUUAUGAACAGCUGUUAUGAAGUGAAUAGUUAUGAAGUGGACAUUACGAAGGCAUAGUGACCAUGUAUAGGUUAAUAUGAGAAGUCUUUUUGUCUGGAAUGAAAUUGUGGGUGAUUUGGAAGAAAAAUAAUUUUUCUACUGUAAAAGUAAGAAUGAGGAAAAGAAA